CGAACGUCUCGGGAGGACCGGCAGCAGGCUAGCAACGACAAAGGAUUUGUGCAGAGGAAUCUCAAACACAACAACACAUCAGUUUUGCUGUCUCUGUCCAGAUAGUUAAGGAGUGACCGGCUAUUUCCUUUUUAUCACCUAUGUAUCUGUUAUUGAUCCUCGGAGACGACAAAUUAUCUCAUCCCAGCUGGGAAUGUUCUUUGUAUCUGAAGUGAAGUUUUCUGUUGUAAUUCAGUGAAAUUGACUGGAACCAGGGUACUGAGAACCCACUAGCAUUUGUUCACAAGGGAUCAGUCCUUUAACUGCAUUGACUCUGCGAGGGAUCCACUGACUCAUCCCAACUGGAGACACACCAGUGAGUUCACACUGAGGAGAGGCUGGUCACCUGCUCAGACUGUGGGAGGGGAUUCGCUCAAUCAUUUGACUUACAGAGAGACCGCGAGUUCACACUGGAGAGAGUCUGUUCACCUGCUCAGAUUUUGGGAUGGGAUUCAUCCAGUCAUUCAAAGCACAGCGACACCAACGAGUUCACACAGGGGAAAGGCCGUUCAUCUGUUCCGAAUGUGGGAAGGGAUUCACUCGGUCAUUUCUACUGAAGGUACAUCAGCGACUUCACACUGGGGAGAGGCCAUUCAGCUGCUCAGACUGUGGGAAGGGAUUUACUCAGUCGUCUCAACUACUGGCACACCAAUCAGUUCACACUGGGGAGAGGCCUUUCACCUGUUCAGAAUGUGGGAAGGGAUUCACUCGGUCAUUUCUACUGAAGGUACAUCAACGACUUCACACUGGGGAGAAACCAUUCACUUGCUCAGACUGUGGGAAGGGAUUCACUCAGGCAUCCCAACUACAGAGACACCAGUCAGUUCACACUGGGAAGAGACCAUUCACCUGCUCAGACUGUAAGAAGGGAUUCACUCAGACAUCUGACCUCCUGGCACACCAGCGAAUUCACACUGGAGAGAGGCCAUUCAUCUGUUCUGAAUGUGGGAAAGGAUUCACUCACUCAUCUACUUUACUGAAACACCAGCGAGUUCACACUGGGGAGAGGCCAUUCAUCUGUUCUGUGUGUGGGAAGGGAUUCUCUCAGUCAUCUGGCCUACAGACACACCAGCAAGUUCACACUGGGGAGAGGCCGUUCACCUGUUCAGACUGUGGGAAGGGAUUCACUCGGUCAUCUCAAUUGAAGGUACAUCAGCGAAUUCACACCGGGGAGAAGCCAUUCACCUGUUCUGACUGUGGGAAGGGAUUUACUCAUUCAUCUGACUUACUGGCACACCAGCGAGUUCACACUGGGGAGAGACCAUUCUCUUGCUCAGAAUGUGGGAAGGGAUUCACUCAGUCAUCCAAUCUACAGAGACACCAGCGAGUUCACACUGGGGAGAGGCCGUUCACUUGUUCAGACUGUGGGAAGGGAUUUAUUCAGUCAUCUCAACUGCUGGCACACCGAUCAGUUCACAAUGGGGAGAGGCCAUUCACCUGUUCAGACUGUGGGAAGGGAUUCACUCAGUUGUCUCAACUGAAGGUACAUCAUCGAAUUCACACUGGGGAGAAGCCUUUCACCUGCUUGGACUGUGGGAAGGGAUUCACACAAUUAUCCACCAUACAGAGACACCAGCGAGUUCACACUGGGGAGAGACCGUUCACCUGUUCUAGGUGUGGGAAGGGAUUCACUCGGUCCUCCAGUCUACAGAGACACCAGUCAGUUCACACUAGGGAGAGUCCAUUCAACUGCUCUGACUGAGGAAAAGGAUUUAGCCAGUCAUCUCAAAUGACUGGCACACCAGUCAGUUCACACUGGGGAGAGGCCGUUCACCUGUUCUGACUAGGAAGAGAUUCACUCAGUCAUCUGGUUUACAGAGUCAUCAGUCAGUUCACACUGGGGAGAGGCCAUUCAUCUCCUAUGACUGAGGGAAGGGAUGCACUUCGUCAUCUGACCUACAGGGAUGCCAGUGAGUUCACCUUGGGGAGAAACCAUCCAGCUGUUCUGAAUGUGGGAACUCACUCAUCCCUCUUUGUGGCACACUGAUAGACUAUCGAGUUCACACUGAGGGAAAUGUUUAAAUCGGCUGCAUGCUUGAUAUUUAACCAUUACAGUUGUUGAAUCCAGAGGCAAGUUUAAAAGUGACUUUUGGUGUUGGAACUCUAAAAUUAUUGCUGCAUUCACUUCUGCACCCUGGUCACUGGGCAAGGGAGGAAUUUCUUCUGUGAAUGUUUAAUGGGACUGGAUUUUCUUAUUCUGCAUCUGUGACUAAUCAAUCAGUUCUAUUUUAAACCCUGUCCAGGGUAUUUAGUGAAUCUACAACACACCCAGUGUGCAGUAGAGACUCAACUCAGCCCAGCUGUGUCCCUGUCAGUGUUUUUGUUCCACAAUGGUCCUUUUUAAUCCAUUCCUGCUGUUCACCUCUCUCUCUCCCUGUGGUGAUGCAUUCCUAACAGAGGUCUCCGUUGUUUUUCCUGCAUGACUUCACGCAGAAUGAAGGUGACAAUAAGCAGACUGCAGUUAUGUCCCACAUGUUCUUCAUCCCUCAAAUUUCUUGGCCGAGGAAGACUGACAUUGGCAGCUACCCUUCUCCUUCCCAGCCCUUUUCAAUGUUAUGGGACAGUUUCACUGCUUCUAAAGUGCAGAUUCACACAGCUGGGUUGAUAGAAUACACCACGAUCCACAAAAGUCGGAAAGCAGAAUGGAGGACCAAUAGUUGUUCAGUGGAACAUGGUCGGAAACCAGAGAUGGCUCAGCAGAGGGUAGAAUUUGGGGCUCUGGGCAGUGGUAGGGGUAAGAGCAUAUGAUAAUGUGCAGGGGGCAGUGGCAACGAACGACACAGUGGCAACAUUUGGCAGCUGAUUGACAGAGAAAAUAAAACUUGGUUGACUGACUGCUGACACACACCGUGCCUGUUAACAUUGAGUAUAUUGCUUGUGACAGUUUCUGUUACACUGUUAAGGAUAAUAGGAUGAUUUGGUAAGUGAAUACGUGGCUGAGGAACUGGUGCAGGAAUUCAGAUUUAUCGAUCAUUGGAAUCUCUUCUGGGGAAGGUAGGGCCUGUACAAAAGGGACGGGUUACAUCUGAACCCAAGGGGUACCAAUAUCCCUGUGGGCAGGCUUGCUAGAGUUGUUCGGGAGGGUUUAAACUGAUCUGGCAGGGGGAUGGGAACUGGAGUGAUAGUGCUGAGGAUGAGGUAGUUGGUUUACAAAUAGAAGCUGUGUGUAGUGAGACAGGUAGCAAGGAGAGGCUGAUAAUAGGGCAAAAUUGCAGACAACAGGAUGAGUUGCAAUGUAACAGGUGGACAAAAUCGAAAGGGGUGAAUACAAGGCUGAAGGUGUUUUAUUUGAAUGCGUACAGUACACGGAAUAAGGCAAAUGAACCUGUAGCGCAGUAACACAAUGAUAUUGAAAUCACCAAAUUAUGGCUGAGCAAAGAUUGUAGCUGGUAGCUUAAUGUCUAAGGAUACACAUUGUAUGGAAAGGAGAGGCAGGUAGGCAGAGGGGGUGGUGUGGUUCUGUUGGUAAAAAAUGUAAUCAAAUCAUUAGAAAGAUGUGACAUAGGGCUGGAAGGAGUUGAAACCCUGUGGGUAGAGUUCACAAAAUACAAGGAUAUAACUCCCUGAAAGCCAAUGUAAGGGCCAAAGGGAAGGCGUUUAAUUGAGAUAAAAUUAAUGGAAAGUUAUAGAGAAUUGGGAAGCUGUUAAAACCCAACAGAAGGCAACUAAAAAAAGUCAAAGUAGGAAAGAAGAAAUACGCAGUUGAGCGAGCCAGUAAUAUUAAAGAGGAUAUCAAAAGUUUCUGAAGAUAGAUAAACUGCAAAAGAGAAGUGAGAGUAGUUAUCAGACUGCUGUAAAAUCAUAUUGGAGAGGUAGUAAUUGGGGACAAGGAAAUGUUGGAUGAACUGAAUAAGUAUUUUGCUUGUGUCUUCACUGUGGAAGGCACUAACAGAGAUGAAGUUUGAGUGUGUCAGCAGGCAAAAAGUGUGAAGUUGCCAUGACUAGUGAGAAGAUUCUUGGAAAACUGAAAGGCCUGAAGGUAGAUAAGUCACUGCACCAGAUGGUAAACACCUCAGGAUUCUGAAAGAAGUUGCUGAAGAGAUUGUUGAGGCAUUAUCUGUAUAAAGAAGAUGAUGGGAUAUGGACAUGGUGUAGGUAGGAGGGAUUAGUCUUUGGCUGUUUUUGAUUUGCUUUUCAGCUGGUUGGGAACAACACUGCGGGUCGAAUGGCCUGUUCCUGUGCUGUAUUCUUCUAUGUUCCGUGUUUUAUGUCCUAUAUUUCAUAUGCCAUAAACUUCUAUAGAUGUGUGGUGGAAAGUAUACUUACCGACUGCAUUACAGCUGGUAUGGAAAGGCCCCAAUGUCCGUUCCAUUAGGAAUGCCCUACAAAAAGCAGUGGGUAUGGUUCAGUCCAUCAUGGGCAAAGUCCUCCCUGCCAUGAGCACAUCGUUUCAGGUAGCCAUAAUCGGGGAUCCCCACCACCCAGGACAUGCUGUCUUCUCACUGCUGCAAAGGUAAGUGCUGCAGGACUUACGCCAUCAAUUUUAGGAAUGGUUAUUAUCCCACAGCAAUCAGGCUCCUGAAUCAAAGGGGAUAAAUUCACUUCAUCAUUGAAACUUUUCCACAACCUGGUCUCACAUUCAAGGGCUCUUCACCUCAUGUUCUCAAUGUAUAUUACUUAGUCAUGAUUAAUAUUAUUUCUUUUUGUACUUGCACAGUUUCUGUCUUUUGCACAGUGGUUGAAUGCCCAAGUUAAUACUGUCUCAUUUAUUCUAUUAGGGUCAGUAUUGUUAUGGAAUAUAUUGAGUAUGCCCACUAGAAAAUGAAUCACGCUUGUUGGUGGUAACAGAUAUGUACCUUGAUAAUAAAUUUA